AAAAAAAUCAAAAUACACCGCCUCCAAACCAUAAUUGUAAAUUUCCGUCCUAACGCCGCCGGGAACCGUCCACUUAGGUUUUCUCCCGCGGAGUCCUUUCCCCCCGCUCUUUCCUGCCGCCGCUUGCCGGUCUCUGGUUCGCCGUUUUCAUACAAUAUGCAGCACGAUGAGGUCAUAUGGCAAGUUAUCAGGCACAAUCACUGCAGUUUCAUGGCCAAGAUAACGGCAGGGAACUUCUGUAGGAACCCGUAUAACGUCACAGGCAUUUGCAAUCGGAGUUCUUGUCCCCUCGCCAACAGUCGAUACGCCACUAUCCGUGACCAUGAUGGUGUCUUCUAUCUGUACAUGAAAACCAUAGAGAGGGCUCAUAAGCCGAACCAGUUGUGGGAACGAGUGAAGUUGCCGAGGAAUUACGAGAAGGCACUUGAAAUUAUUGACAAGCAUCUGAUGUACUGGCCAAAGUUACUUAUUCACAAGAUAAAGCAGCGCCUAACAAAAAUGACUCAGAUGCGUAUUCGUAUGCGGAAGCUUGCACUAAAAACACGGGAGAAGGUAGUUACACUUCCUAGAAAAGAGAUCAAGAGGGACGCAAGAAGGUUGGAGAAAGCUGAGAAGGCAGCUGUUUUGGACAAGAGUAUUGAGAAAGAGUUGGUGGAAAGGCUCAACAAAAACGUUUAUGGCGAUAUCCAUAACUAUCCAGUUAAGCAUUUCGAAAGUCUGCUUGACAUGGAAGAAUCCCAAAUUGAUGCUCAAGAAGAGGAAGAGGAGGAAUAUGAUGUCGAAUACCUUGAAGGUGAUUAUGAUGAACUGGAAGAGGAAGAUGACAUUGAAGAUUUUGGCAAAUUAGCUAUGGAAUUCCCAGAGGAUCAUGGUGAUGAGCUGGACAAUGAUGAGAUGGACGCAGUUGGCAAAAAGGAAAAGAAAAGGUCCGGUUCUGCUCAUGGAAAGCUGGGCAACGACGAAGCUAAGAAGAAGAAACCACGGGUGCUGGUUGAGGUCGAGGAUGAAGGUGCUGCUGGGAGACGAAAGGCAACCGUUUGAGAGGGAGAGAGAUCGAUACAUGGUUUCUUCACUUCCAGAUAGUCUCAGCUUAAAGCCCCCUCUCAUUCGGAUGCUUACCAUUAUUCUCCUGGCGAGGAAACUGUCACUCUGUAAGCCGUCAGGGGACCUUCACAACCAGCGAGAAUGGAGUCGGACGUGUCAGCUGAAAAUCCCUGGUCAUUUUCCUUCUCAUCAGUUUUGUAACCUUUUAGGGUAUCAUACAACAGAACUAAGAUGUGAAAUCCGGAUGCAUUCACUUCUUCUCUUCUCAUUUGUUCAAAGAAUGUUGGCUUAUGCUACGUUUGUCCACUGUUGUACUCGCCCUAGAGAGAGACGGAAGAGGUGCGUUGCGGGUUCGCCUAAUACUUUGGAAUCCGUAUCGCAUCAGGAUUUAGGGAACUUUGGGUUUGAAGUACUGUACUUCCAUGGUCUCACUAGUUACAUAUAAUUCAAUCUUAAAUAGAAUAACA